ACAUUUACCGACCUCACCGGAAGUUUACGAAUGUUGCUAACAUGUUGUGACAUACUAUGUAAAUAAAAGGUGCACGAACAUUAGACGCUCAUGAAGAAGGAAACACGACGCUGAACGAAGGACACCUAGCGAAAUAAUUUAGGGCCACCGUUGUGUUCCAUUGUAGUUAUAAAAAAAAAAAAACGAAGGGAAAAAAAUGCUGCCACGAGGAAGGGGGCCCCGGGUGCGUCGUCGUGGUCGUGGAGGCCAACGCAGGGGUGGAGGACAACGCCGGGGUGUAGGACAACGCAGGGGUGGAGGAUAUCGCAGGGGUUUAGGACGAUUUCGGAGGAGAGGAAAUUGGAUCCCGAAACCCGUUACAAAGAAGGAGGGACCAGUAGAAGUGAGUUUGGAGACAAACCCCCAGGGUUACUUCACGGGGAAUGUUACUGUUGAGCAGCAUCACAACGGACAAAAUGAAAAUCGAGAGAGAUAUGCAGCGACGAUGGCAGUGUUGCAGGAAAAUGGGGUGGAAAUUGCACAAAAUGCUCGCAUUCGAGCGCUGACAGCAGCCUGGGCGAGAAAAGAUUUCCAAUUGGCAGAAUCCUUCCUGGAAAACCGAAACAACUUUGGUCUGAACGAGGUUCUGAAAGCACAGCAGCUUCUAGAUGCUGGGCGUCAGGCAAGGGUGCUGGAAAAGAAGAUGAAAAUGCUGCAGGUGUCCAAAAACAAAGUCAAAGCCAAAACCAUAGGAAAACUCAAGUCUGACAUAGAUAACUUGAACAAGAUGAAAUCAGCUUAUGGCUCUGCUAGUGGUGCUAUUUGCAAGCACAUCCGAAGAUGGCUGCAACGUUUCACCUCAAAAGAAUUGGAGUUUUAUGCCAUCCAUUUUCCUAAAGACCCAUGGAAGAAACUAGCAGAUAUCUGCCACUUUCACCCAAAGAAGGACUUCCCGUCCUUGGAGUGGUUUUUGCCUUACUGCUAUGGACAAGGCCCGCCUCCUGACACCACCGUGGGCCGCAUGGUGACAUUAACCGCUGAUAAUGUUAACGAAAUGUUGGCGGAUUUGUCCAUUCCAUACCUGUCUGUGAAGGCACACAAUGACAAACUGACCAAUGCUUCCAAGGGCCUCAUUGCAGAGCGGGAGGAUAAACUAGACACAAUCCUCUGGUGGUAUGAGGAACUGACAUGCUUGGAAGUUGAUGAUGCAAUACAAAGGCGGCUGGAGAACGGUGACCCUGUGACCUUGCCAAUCGGGAAACUCUUGGAGAGGCUGCUAGUCUUCAAGCAGCUGUUUGACCAGAGUUCUGAGAGAAAACGAAAGGCAAAGUUUUAUGGUGACCUUCUGAAGAUAGCUGAAGAUCGUCUGAAACAGAUCAAACUUCCUCUGGAGUCCCCAGUCCUAGUGAUGGGCGAUGCUUCCUCAUCCAUGUCCGUGGCGGUAAAGACUAGUACCAUCAUCGCGGGAAUUCUGACCGCUGUAACCUCCGCCAAACUCUCCUUCUUUAACAUCAAAUACAAGGAGCCAGAAAAAGUCCCUACCAAUGUAGAAGAGGUACUGGAGCUAGCUUUGACUACUCCAGCUGACGGGUCUACAGCAAAUGCUGCCAGCUUGUAUCCAUACUACAAGAGGAAAGAAGUCAUGAAGACACUCUUCAUGGUUACUGAUGAAGAAGAGAAUUGGGACUACAAAGGCUACAGAUUCAAGGAGUUGUACAAGAGAUACUGUAAGAAGGUGUACCCAGCCAAACUGGUGUUUGUGUCGUUUUUGGACAACCAGCAUUCUAAAGGUCAGAUGGUCACAGAGUUUCAAGAGGAUGGAAUUGAUGUCAUGCAGUUUGUGUUCCAUCAAUCCCAACCAGAUCUGACAAAACUGGACAAGCUGUUUGGUUUGCUGUCAGCAGAGACACAGUCAUUUGAGGAUCAGAUUAAGACAACACAGGAGGCGGUUAAGACAGAGGGCGUGAGCAAGGUGUUCAAAGAGCUGAAGGUCAACCAAGGAGAGCAGGGCUAAAUGGACUGUCUCACUCAAGUGCAAUAACUGUAAAUGUGGUUUCUGUGAUAUGUUUAACUGUUGUGUUAUGAUUGGGGUGAGGUUUUUACAUUAGUAUACAUGAGAUAUCUCCCGGAUCAGCCGGGAAGUUCCCUGAAUCAAGCAUCCUAAACAUUUCUCCCGUGGCACGGAAGUUGAUAAAAUCCCGGGUUCUCAUCAAGACAAAAAUCAAAAAUUCCAUUUCCUAGAGAAUCCAGUCCUCAGAUGACUCUGAUUGGCAGGAUUUAUGACACACAAUAAUGAUAGCUGAUCAGUGGCAUGUGUUUGUGCUGUUCAUCAAUCUAAAUCAUUGUUAAGAUUGUAAGCGACUUGGUAUUUUUGCUUUCUCUUUCUCAGGGCCGUUCAUGUUAACUUAAAGUCAGAUAUACAAAACCCUCUAGUUACUACUUAUGAUAACUGACCACAUAUUUUAUUAAUUAAUUAUUUAAGGUCCUGAAUAAUGGACAGAUACUUGAUGAAUCUUUCAAAUGAAUCUGUAGAUUUAGAACAAUGAAUCACAAAUGUAUAUUGAAAUCAGAUGAUGGCAAAGUAUAUUGUGGGAUAAUAGAAUUUGUUCUUUUGUGCAAUUAUGAACUAAUUCAUUGUUUAUUUAAAUGUUAAGAUACUACAAUGGUAGAAAAAUGUUUUGUAGUAUAUACAAAUUCAUUGAAGUAAUAAUUUUCAUUAACCUGUGUAUGUAUUAUUAAUUUGAACAUACAUGUAUCUUUAUAACAUGCUUGCAUUUCUAUAUCAUUUUUAUAUGUAAAGUUUGUGAGAGGAAAUUGGUUGGGAGAUUACUUGCAGUUAUAAUUAAUUUGAUUUCUUAACCAUCAUAAGUGUGAUAAAUUGACUGUAUACUCUUCUGAUAUACAUAUGAAUACAUAUUUCAAAUCAAAAAUAAAAGAUACAUAGAUUAUCCUACAAUCUUAUCAAAAUUGGGUGUUGGAUUCACUCUCAUAUAUAUAUGGAUCUAACAUCUGAGUAUAAUUAAGUUCAUUAUCAUAAUGUGCAGAAACGACUGUCUUGUAGGUCCAUCUUUCAUAUAAAAAGUAAAUACUGGGGUUGAAGUUGCUUGUUUUAUUGCUGUGUACGUCAAAAGAAAAAAUAAUGGGGAUAAAAUGACCCCCAGUCUGCAGCAUUUUGGAGGUCUGUUUUUGGAUCCUUUUUUAUCACAUAACUAUGCCUUUCAUGUUUAACUGUGCAUAAUACUUUAUAUUUGAAAUAUUUUUUUGAUAUUUUAUUUUAUCCGACAUGUUGUUAUUUAUUUAUAAUGUAUUAUAGAUAUCUUUGUAUUGCAUCAGUUAAAUAUUGUGAUAACUGUGUGAUUUUUUUUUUCUAUUGUGCAGUAUGAAUAUGUGUAGUUGUAAGUUGACUGUGUUAAAUGGUUUUUAUUUUUUUUAUUUUUAGAUUUUUGUCACAUAUAAAAAUAUGACUUUAAUUAGGAAUAUUUUGCUGGAUUAAAAUGAAAGCAAAUUUGAUAAACA